AUGGUGGAAGUUACUGCUGCCAUCAAUUCAGUUGCAGAUACUUCCUCAGGGAUCGGUGUAGUUCACUCAGUCGUAGAUGCUCAUCAUCCUCUUCAUCUGCAAGCUUGUGACACUCUAGGUAGUUCCUUAGUCUCAAUCCAACUCACAGGAUCUGAAAACUACUCUCUAUGGCGCAUAUUGAUGAAAAUUGGUCUUCUAGGUAAAGGAAAGUUAGGAUUCAUUACUAGUCAAUGUUCUAAGGAUAAAUUCACCACUGAUAUGCAUGACUUAUGGGAAAAAUGUAAUGCCAUAGUUCUAUCAUGGAUUAUGAUUUCUGUUAGUAGGGAGUUAUUAAGUGGUAUAGUCUAUGCUAGUAGUGCUCAACAGAUAUGGACUGAUUUGAAGGAAAGGUUUGAUAAGGUAGAUGGAUCUAGGAUAUUCUAUCUGCACAAAGAGAUUGCUACACUCAGUCAUAGACAGUUAUCUAUUUCCAAUUAUUUCUUUAGACUUAAGGAGUUGUGGAUGGAGUUUGACUCCCUUAUUCCCUGUCCUGGAUGUGCGUGUGAGGCGUCUAAGACCUAUGCAACACAUUUCAAAUACCAAUGA